AUGGCACAGAAUCACGGUUUGAAAAUAGUCGAAGGAGCCGAGUCUACUCAUCACACGAGAUACCAGCCUCUGGUUGGGAAAUUAAUCUACUUGUCCCAUACCAGACCUGAUGUUGCAUAUGCUGUUGGAGUGGUCAGCCAGUUCAUGCACGCACCUCAAGCAGCUCACUGGGAGGCAGCUCUUAGGAUUGUAAGGUACUUAAAGGGGACGCCAGGACAUGGAGUGAUGUUCGAGAAUCAUGGACAUUUGGAGAUCCACGGUUUCACAGACGCUGACUGGGCAGGAAAUCCAAAUGACAGAAAAUCAACUGCAGGGUACUUUACCUUUGUUGGAGGUAAUCUUGUUACGUGGCGAAGUGAGAAGCAAAAGGUUGUUGCCUUAUCUAGUGCAGAAGCUGAGUUUCGAGGAAUCAAGAGUGGUUUGACUGAGAUUUUAUGA